AUGGGCCCUCGAUCUGCAACGGAGUACCUCGGCGAGAAUCCCAGUCGUCUAGUCGCCUUCCCACCUAAGCAUCUGCGCCUUCUGCCCAGCCUGAAGCCACAUGCUUGCCUCGAUCCGGCGGAGGUAUUUGUCUGCAGAGCCUGCGAUAAAGUCUACGCAGCGCCUGUCCUUGAGGCCUUUCAGAAGCGUGUCUACGAAGCCAAGGAAUACUCAGGUGUGUGCAUCUGA